AGCUUGCUGCUGCUCGUGACGCUGUAGCCUAUGGUUGCAUCAAAUACGCUGAUCUAUCUCAUACACGGACGCAGGACUAUGUUUUUUCAUUUGAUCGGAUGCUUGAUGACAAGGGGAACACCGCCGUUUACCUGCUGUAUGCGUACGCCAGAAUAAGAUCUAUCGUGCGGACAUCCGGCGUUGCUGCUGAAGAUCUCAAUGACUUCAUCGCGAGCAAUCCGACCAUCCCAAUCACCCAUCCUGCGGAGUUGACGCUUGCGAAGCAGAUUCUCAAGUUGGCUGACUGUAUCCUGCAAGUAUUAGACUCACUGAUGCUUCAUCAGCUAUGCGACUACCUUUAUCAACUUGCUACGAUAUUCCAUGACUUCUACAGUGCUUGCUACGUGAUUGAGAAGAAAAGCGGUAAGACUUUCGCAGUGUUUCUUUUCCGUGUUUCAUAUCGAGCGCUGUUCGGUAACCUACAAUUUCGAUAA